AUGAACUCACCACUUCCUGAAGCUACAAUCAAAAACACUUUUGCAAAUCAAAUAGUAGCUUAUGAAUCUGGUGAUCUCCAUUUGGCAUCUAUUAUUACUGAUUUAGAUGCACUUCCUAAAGAAAUGAGACCUGAAAUCAUUUUUAAAGAAAUUGGUAAAACAAAGAUUGUGACUGAAAAGGCUCAGGAACAACCAGAGGGCAAAUCUGAAGCAGCUCAGACCACUGCUUCAAACAAGAAGGCUAAGUUAAAAAAACCUUCCCCUCAGUCUUCAUCUCAGGUUCCAAAAGGCAAGAAAAAGAAGGAAAGUGUCUCCCCCACUGAGCCAUAUACCUCAGAUUCUGGUAGGGCUCAGCCCAAGGACAAUAGUACCGAAGCAAACCCUUCUGGUUCUUCCCAACAAGAACUAGAAGAAUUAAGUCAAAGAACUUCUUUAGGAGGAGAUGGUGAAGGAAAUGAAAGUGUAUCAGCCCAACACACAUUAGAGUUUGAGUCUGCACAUGCACCCCCUGUAACUUCACAUAUCUUACACUCUCUUGAUGCACGAACUAAUGAUGUUUCUCAGGUGACACAAGCAGAAACUAAAGCUCCAAACUCUACAGCCAAUGACGAGGUUCUUGAUGAUAGCAUAAGGAUCACUGAGGCAACUUUUGUAUCUGCUGUUGCUGGCAAAGACGCUUCGGCUGAGCCAAUUAUUACUAUAACUUUUAACGAUGCAUCUGCUUCUGAACUAGUUGUUAAACCAGAAGAAGAUGAGCCAAUUCAGGGGAAUCUUGAUUCCCUUGUUGAUUUUGAGUUUGACGAGGAACUCUUGGAGGAGAAUCAGUCUUUUGAUUCUGAGCCAGCCUUCAACCUUGCAAACGCCCCUCCUCUCCCAAAAAUCCAAAAUCUUGAACAACCAUACCAACAACCACCAAUAUCACAUCAACACCCCUUCUUUCCACAAGGCUCAACACCUACUUAUACAACUUCACCAACCUUUCAACCAUCACUUCAAUUUCUUCAUCCUCAAAAUCACAAUGUACCAAAGCCCAUCAACUAUGAUGAACCCUCUAAGAAGGAGUUGGACUCUGCUACUGAAUCUGAGAGUCCAACUGAGAUGCAGAUUGAACAAGCUUUGUGUGGGCUUGGUAAUAUUCCCUUUGUAGAUCCUGCUUCUGCACAACCUCCUCCUCCUUUGAGUGUAGAAGCACAGUUAGAGAAACAAUAUGCCGAAGUCCAAAGCCUACUUCUCAAGGUUGAGGACUUAACCAAAUCCCUAACUGCCAACACUACGUCUAUUGCAGAUAUGAAAGGUGCUCAGAUGUUCAUUGCUACUGAGUUGAUCAAGGUAGCAGGAAAUGAAGGACUAGUGGGUGGGAAGCUAAAUGAACUGGUCCAUGUAAAUAAUAAGAUCAGUUUGGCCAUUAGGGAAGCCUUCAGACUGACCAAAAGAGAUGUGCAAGCUUCAGUUGUUGCGAACUUGACAUCUGGAAUUGAAUUGAUUAAACAAGAAGUUAUGGUAGUCGGGAAGGAAGUGAAUGAGUUGGUUAAGAAGCCCAUUGUUGAUGUGACAGUACUUGGGUCUUCUAUUGGUGGUGAUGUGUUUGAGAAACUGAAGUCUGAGCUAUCUCAGAAUCUAGUAGCUCAGAUUUCAGUCUCAGUGGCUGAGAAAGUUGAAGAGAAGAUCAAGGAAAUGGUUGCUGAACUGACCAAAGAUACGAAUGAAAAAAUGGACAAGGCCAUUAAUGAAGUUAAGAUCUCUUUAGAAGAAAUUUUGACUCUUCUCAAGAAAGAACAAGUUGUUGCUCCUUCUGUUCCCUCAUUCACUGAAGAUGAUCGCAAGCAGUUACAAGAAGUGGUAAAUAAAGAAGCACUGAACCUGAACUCGAAUUUCAGAUUAAGGUCUCAGUUUGCUCAGAUGUCAAAGGGCCUUGCAGAUUGUCUGAAACAACAAAGUUGGGAUCCUCUGAAGGGUAUGCAGAUGACCAUUGAAGAAUUUGCCAAAUUACCUUCAGAGGUCCCCAAGGGGGGAAGAGAUCCGGUGCCUAUUCGUUUGCUUGCCAGUACUCAAGAAUUCAUUCAAGCUACCAUGAAGCAAACUGAGCCUGAGCCUGCUAGGAAAGAUAAGGGCAAGGCCCCAGUUGUUGAUGAACCUAAAUCCAAAGGUUCAAAAGGUUCUGGACUUGUGGUUGGUGAGAAUGUUGAUGAAUAUGGUUAUCCCCUGCAUGAUACUGAAGCUGAUAGCAAAAAAUUAGAGGCUUUGCAAAAGCAAGUCUCUAAUCAAUACAUUAUGUGGAGGGAAAACAAGGAAAGAGAAAGGGCCCAACACUUGUCUAUGGGGUCCCUUGAUCAUAUCGAUGUUGCAGCUCUUGGUCUUACACUUGAAAGAUAUCAGAAGAUCAAAAAUGAUCCAACAGUGCAGAAAGCUAUGUUAGAAAUGGGUGACUAUGAAUAUGGGAUAAAAUACUCUCCAUUUAAACAAAAGCUGGACCAUCUCACUUUUAAGUUGUCUGUUGAAGACUUGGUAAAAAACAGGGAAAAAGAUAUGGCAAUUAAAAAGAAGGAAAUUAUGGCUGAAGUUCUGAAGGUGGAGAAACAAUUGGCAAGGCCACCCAUGAAACCCAAAGUAACUGGACCAAGAUCUGCAAGAAAAAGUGCUCGUGAUGCUGACCUAUCUACUUUCAAACCCAUGUCUGAAGAUACUGUUCAGAUCCAGAACAAACAUGAAAAUGAUCAGUAUGAACAUUAUAUGAAACAUAGGUCCAAUCCUGCCAAGAUUCUAGAUGUUGAUGUUGUUAAGGAGGAUGGACUGAGACUGUUUGAUUUGGUGGUGAAAAUAGAAGAAAGGGUAGCAUAA